AUGCAUCGCACUGUGUCGGUGGAUUAUGGGGUUGUGUUGGAGGGGGAGGUUGAGCUGGUGUUGGACUCGGGCGAGACGAGGUUGCUUAAGAGGGGGGAUGUGGCGGUGCAGAGGGGCACGAAUCAUGCUUGGAGGAAUGUUACCCCUGAUGGAGAGGGUGGGGAGGGAAUGUGGGCUAGGAUGUUGUAUGUGCUUAUGCCCGCGAAGGGGUUAGAGUUGGGGGAGGAUUUGGGCGGCAUUCAGGUUGGAUGGUUGGGCUGGGGUGUAUUUAGAGUGCUUGAAUGA